CUUCAUAAUUCUUGUUUUUAAAAUAUCUUUUCAAAAAAUAAAAAUUUUUUUUUACCUUAAUUUUUCCAAUCUUUUUUAAACGAUAUCCUUUCCAAAUAAAUUAGAUUUUUUAAAAGAACUGUCUCCCACAUAUCAAUCAUCCCUUUCUCUGGAAUCAUGUUUCAUCGAAUCAAAUUUGAUAGGAAGCGAUUAACGUUAUUACUAUGUUUCUCCGUACUAUCUACUUGGGAGGAAAUGUUACGCGUCCAGGGUUUUCCGAAGGGGCAUCCCAGUGUCGCCGCGAAUAGAGAAGCGGCCACCAAUCUCGUGAGCGGUCCCCGAAUUACGUUCUUCAACGAUGGCCAAGGUCUUCCGCAAGAGCCACCUCUAGAGUAUUAUUACGAUAACGAUUAUUUCAACGACAACAACGAACAACGAGCCAACCCGAUUCUCAAGAGGUCCGGGUACGACUCACUCAUCCCCAAGUAUUAUUUGCUGAAGGCCCUAUCGGAAAUUUACCGCGCACCCGGUCUUUCUAACGAGCUAAAUAAGAGAAAAUUCGGUGCCUUGACUGUCGGAGGUUCAAAUUCGGAUUCGGAAAAUUACAGCGAGAUCGGCCCUAACAUUUAUUCCAGGAAAAAAUAUGUGCCCAAGGAGGUUCUAGAUGAGGUGGAAAGAUAUCUCCUAAAUUAUUACAACGUCAACAGGAAUUCCGUAGAUCGCAAAAGGACUUUUCAUCCUUGGAAGGGUUGAAAAAUUGACCUUUUUUUACUUAUAAAAGUUGCUUAAUUUUUAAAAAUAAAUUUGAUAACCUAUAUUUUAUGGAAUGUUUUAGCCCUCAAUUUUUUGAAAAUUAGUUUGACAUUUUAUUUUUUAAACAGUUGGGGAAAUAUCAUGUUUAAAACUGUGCUUUUAUAAAUUUCUAACCAAACAUGGAUAAACGGAAAUUUUUUUCUAAUUUUUUAUUUUACCGAUUUUUAAAUUAAAAUUUAUCCUUAGCCUUCACCAUUAUUUAUACAGAAA